CAGCGCCCGCAUCACCACCGGCAUGACUGCCUCCCCAGGAGUCUCGCAGGAGGCGGCAAUUGCGGUCCUUGCCAUUCUCGGCGCCAAGGACCAUUAUGCCGCAAUGGAUGCCCCCAGAGACGCCUCAGUCGCGGAGCUGCGAAGAUGUUACCUCAAGGCCUCCGUGCUGGUACAUCCGGACAAGAAUCAACACCCGCAGGCCACUCGCGCCUUCCAGCGCGUGGCCGCCGCCUGGGCGGUGCUUUCGGAGGAGCAGAAGCGCUGGGCCUACGACCAGGAGCUCAUGGAGGGGGAGCAGAGCGACGACAUCCACAUGAGCCCCGACGAGGCCUUCGCCGCUUUCGCCUUUGCGGCCGCCUGUGCCGCUGGGGGCGGCUCCGCGGGCCUGGGGGACAUGGCAGAGACCUUGUUCUGGGCCCAGCAACUGGGCCAGGCCAACGCCCAGCGCCUCCCCGGCUUCGGCCCCGGCUUCGGCGGGAACGGCCUCAGCCUGGGCGGCUUCGGUGGCUUCGGCGGCUUCGGUGGGCCUCCGGCUGCCCCAGACGCGGUGGCAGCCACCUUCAACGGCAUCUGCCUCUCCGUGGGCCUCUACUCCGCGGGCUUGGCGGUGAGUCUGUUGGGCCUGCCACGCAUCGGCAGCUGCGCAAGGCGCCUGGCGGUAGUGCAGGGCAUCAGCCAAGUUGUCAUCGCUUCGCAGGCGCCAGCGGUUCGGGCCGCCUGCCAGAAGGCCACCGUGCAGGUGAAGGAGGCGGCAGGAGACUUUGCGGAGCAGCACCCGGACUUCUCGUCUUUGGCCUCGCGCCUGCAGAGCGAAGGGGCAAAGGUCGCCUGCAAGGCCAAGGAGACGGGCUUCGAGGCUGCGCAGACCAUCCGAGAGCUUGCGGACCAAACGUACCACAUGGACAGCGGCGCGUCCGAAUUUGAGGACUUCCGAGAGGCGGCGGGCCGUGUGAAGUCCGAGGGCGCCGCCGCGGCCGGCAAGGUGAAGCAGCUCAUGGACCGCAGCUGCGGCGCAGACUUCGGGUCCUGCCUCAGCUGGUCAGCCCCCGACAGCGAUGAAGAUGACGAAGAUGGCUGGUAUGCUGAAAAUCUCAGGCGGCGAAAGCAGAGAGACUGCUGGAAGCCGCGCGCGGGCAGCUGGGUAAAGCUUGCGAACCUUCAGAGAGCACGUCACUUAGAGGGCUCCCUGGGAGAGGUGCUCGCCUUCAACCGCGACAGCGGGCGCUAUCUGGUGCAGCUGAUCCCGCCCCGGCAGCCCAACGGUCCUGUCUUCCAGGGCGGUGAGCCAGAGACGGUGUCCAAGCUGGUGCUCAUCCAGAAUCUGCGGCCAGCUUUCGAGAGGACCUGGAAGCCGCCCGGCAACGAAUCGAACUUCAUCUGAGACCAAAAACUGCGGAGCGAGCCAGCGCGUCCA